AUGGCGGCGCCUCCAACCGAGCCGGAUGACGCCCAGGUCCCGCCGCCGACCAGGCCUACGACAACGGGGGAAAACCGCACGGAUGAUGGGGUAGCAAAGAGUUCUUCCGCGGGCGAAGGCACGACGAUCGAGCGAGAGGAGCUACGCAAGCUACUCUUCGUCAAGGUGGAGGAAGAGCUGGCGCGGCGCCAGGCGACGGGUGCGGCGGCUGAAGCGGCGGCAACGGCGGCAACGGCUGCAGCAGCUGCGGCGGCGGCCGCGGUGCCAGUGACGGAAUCGCCCUUGCAAGUGCCAGAGCCGUUUGUGCCCUCCACGCCGCUCUCGCCGCUAGCGCCGCUGCAGCCCUACUACUACUGCGAUCCGCUCCUGAACCGCUGGGCCCACUUUGCCAUGGACUGCGGGUUCUACGCAGGGGUGGCCCCUGUUCUGCUCCAGCACAUUGUGUCGACCGUGUACGGAGCGGAGUUCGCAAGCCGCGUGGCGACGCUUUCGACGGCCGACGUCGACUACAUGUUCGACGUGUUCUGGAUCAACGUCGUCUGCUCGUUCAGCCGCGAGUAUAUAUUCUUCAGGAUGGCGACCCGCCUGCGCAACGGCAGCAUGACGAGGGUGCGCGGUACAGUCAAGAGGCACAAAGCAAACUACGGGAAGAGCGCGGGGAGCAGUGACUGCGAGUCGGGAGAUUUCGGGUGGCACAUCUACGGCCUCACGACAGGAGGAGCCGACACCACAUGGCUGUGCUUCACGGAAUGCCACGGGCCGAGUCCGGAUUUCAGCACAAAUCUCUUUCACGGCCAAUGGGUCAGCUUCCCUCCCGCUGUCACCAUGUUCGCCUAG